AUGAACGAUCUCAUCCAAAACUCUCGAAAGGUUCUGGCUCAAGACAUCGAUGCUGCUUCUUUGGAAAACACUUUGGUUUCCAACAUCGAUGGCAAUUUGGGGGCUACUCUAAGUCCCAGCUUGGGUUCUGCUCUAUCUGGAAACCUUUCAUCCAAUUUGGCUUCGAAUUUAUCCAAUAAUCUAUCGAGGUCCUUAUCGUCUGGUUUAUCUUCCAGCCUUGACAACAUUGACACCAAUCUACAUUCAAAUCUUGAUACUAAUCUAGACAACAUCAACCAAAACAUUUGCCAUAAUUUAGAUCAUGAACAUCAAAAUUUAAUAACUUCAAACGAAAAUACUAGCAGGAAUACAAAUGGAAUUACAAGCAAUGGAAAUGGCAAUCAUAAUGGAAAUGGCAAUAAUAAUGCCAUUUCCAAUACCAAUUCUAAUCCCAAUUCAAACUCAAACAACCUCUCCAACUCUGUUUCCAAUUUGGAUUCUAAUAAAAAUAGCUUAAGUCAGAAUCAGAAUCAGAAUCAAAACCAUAACCAAAAUCAAAAUAAUAAUCAAAACAAUAAUAACCCGAAUCAGGAUCAUAACCUAUUGAUACCACAUCUAAUUAAAUCUCAUUCAAAUCGCGAAAAGAUCUUUAAUAGUAACAACACUAAUAAUAAUAAUAAUAAUAAUAAUAAUAAUAAUAAUAAUAACACCAAUAAUAAUAACAACAACAACUCUAUAAAUAAUGUAAGAAGAAAUAAUACAAAUAAUACUUCCACAAAUAAAAUUGCUACUAUUAAUUCAAACGUAAUUUCUAAUCAUAACCAGAAUCAUAAUCACAAUCAUAAUAAUGAUAAUUCUAAUACUCUUAGCAACACUAUUAAUAAUACUAUCAACAACACUCUUAAUAACACUCUUAGCAACGCUCUCAAUAACACCCUCAAUGAAUCAGUUGAUCAAAACUCUCUAAUUAAAACUGGAGAAAAAGCGAGAUUUAUCUGGUCAAAAGAACGUAGAAACUUGUUCGCUAAAAAAUUUCUAUCAAUUAUAGAAAAAAUCCCUGAUUAUGACAUCAACAAUCUAUAUUUAAAAAAAACUGAGUAUAACGAACUAGGCACUUUUGUCAAUUCAAAUACUCCCAAUCAAAUUCCUGUUACAAAUUCUCAAUUGAAAAAUUUCAAAGACGAAAUUAAAAGAAAGAUCUUUAAAUAUAUUUUAAUUAAAAAUAUUAACAAAAUAUCAAAAUACUCAAAUAUCCAAUGGGACAACGAUUUAAAAGUUCCAAUUUUAACCAGCACUCAAUGGUAUGAAAUCUCAAAUGGCGAUAAAAAUAUAUUAAGAUUAAAGGGCAAAGAUCUAAAUUAUCUAUAUAUAUUGUCCAGUUUUUUCGAAAAAAAAUUAAUCGAAGAAAAUGAUGGAAAGGACUUAAUCUCGACUGACUUUUUCAAUAAAAAAAGAAAACAAAAUAACCAGUCAAUAUUGAAAAAACCAAGAAAAUUUAGGAGAAGCUCAGUUUCAUUAAAAUCUAUAACGCUUGAUGAUGAUUAUGAUAAUAAUCCGAGUCAACAUCAUAUGAUUGGUAACGGUAACGAAAAUGAUAAUGAUAACGAAGAGGAAGAGGAAAAUGAAAACGAAAACGAAAACGAAAACGAAAACGAAAACGAAAAUGAAGAUACAGAUGAUCCUAAUGACCAUAAUAACAAUCCUAAUCGUAAUAUCAACAAUAACCUUACAGCAAGUAAUGGUUCAAAUAACACGCUUUCUAACAACAACAGCAACAAUAAUAAUAAUAAUAAUAAUAAUAAUAACCCCUUUUUGUCCAUUGAUUUGCCUAAUAACUAUGAAACAAACUCAUUUUCUAAUAAUACAACAAUGCCAAACUCCUCGUCUACUCCAAAAUCAUUACUAAAACAUCUUUCUAUCACUCGUAAUAAUACUAAUAGUAAUAUCAAUAAUACAAAUGGAAGUUUGAAAUCAAUAAAUAACAAUACAAUUGAGGAAAUUUUUAAAUACUUUGAGAAUAAAAGCAAAAAACUUAGUAUUGAGAAAAUUUAUUCAAAAUUUAAUGAAUUAAUUGAACUAAAAUUAAUCUCGGAUAAUAUCAUAAUAUAUAUCAUCAACAAUAUUGAUGAGUCCAAAAUCAUUAAACAAUUUAACAACAAAAUUGUAUUGAACAACAGAACAUUAAGUAAAAUUAUAUUAAAUUUUUAUAAUAAACAUAAGAGCCAAAACGAUAACAAUCAAGACAGUCAGAUAAAGAAUAGCAAUAACACUAAAGAUAACAACGACAAUAUUAUUGAAAAUGAGAACAUUUCAUUGGAUAAUAAUUAUAACAAUAAUAUCGGUAUCGAUAAUGACAAUGGUAUUCAGUUUAUUAGAUCAGCAAACGACAGUGAUAGAAAUACUGGCUUGAAAAACAUUGCCGGGAUUGAGCGUAGCAUGGAUAGGAAAACCAAGAAUACAAACCACAAUAGCUAUAAUAAUAAUGCUAUAUUGUUUGCCAAUGGAAAUUUGGAUGGCAGUGAUACCAAUAGCAACAGAACCAACGGUCUCGACGUGGAUGUGGAUGUGAACAUGGAUGAGGACAGUGUUGGCGUAGUUCGUCUACUUGACUUAGCUAAACCCUUUUUACCAAUCCUUCCUGAAGUGGAACAGCCAAUUCAAAGGAUAUCCUUUGAUGACAAGAUUUUGUAUUCUAUUGGGCUAGCUCUCUUCUAUAUUGUUGCUCAAUUACCCAUAUUCGGAGUCUUUCAAUCUUCUCCUGAUCCCUUUUUUCAAUAUAGACCAGUUUUUGCAUCUGAAUAUGCCACUUUAUUAGAGUUUGGUGUCUUACCAAUAUUAACUUCAGGUUUUAUCUUUCAACUUGCUGCUGGUUUGAAGCUUAUCAAAAUCAAUUUCAGUAUAAGAAAAGAUCGUGAAUAUUUUCAAUCCUUACAAAAAAUCUUUGCUAUCUUGAUAAGCGCAAUUUAUUCAUUUUCUUUGGUUUUUAUUUGCAACUAUUAUAAUCCAAUUGAUUUUAAUCAGGUUAUAAAUUCCAAUUUGGAUUACUCCAUUGGUUCUUUUACUAUUUCAACUUUAUCAAACCAGUUUUUAAUCUUUUUCCAGUUAUUUGCUGCAAACAUUUUCAUCAUUUUAAUUACUGAAUUAUUAGAUAAAGAAUAUGGUUUUAUUUCUGGUUCGUUAUUUUUCAUUACAAUUAAUUACGCUCCAAAUUUGGUUCAAGACAUUAUUGGUUUCAAUUCUGUCAAGACCUCAAAAGGUUGGGAAUCCUUUGGUUCUAUUUUCCAAUUAUUAAAAAUAUUCAAAAAUUAUUUCUCUCAUCUUUUUUCAUCAACUAGCAAUACUGAUGACGUUACCGAACCAGCAGGUUUCUCAUUAUCAAGUGAAUUGAUUUACUUGUUUCAAAGAUCAAGUCUAACCAAUCUUUCUCAAAUUUACCUUUUAAUCAUAUCUUUUUUUGUGCUCUUUUAUCUUCAAUCAAUCAAAUAUGAGAUUCCAAUCAAAUCUACAAGAGUUAGAUCAAUGUCUCAAACUUAUCCAAUUAAAUUUUUAUAUUGUGGUGCUUUGCCUGUUUUAUUUACCUGGACUAUUUAUUACAAUUUAUCCAUUAUUAAUUUUAUCUUGAAUAAAUUUUUCACUGAAAACUCUUUUGGUCAAUCUUUAGUCGUCUCUUUAUCUCCAUUUUUCAAAAAACUCUUAUUCGGUCAAUACACUUCUGAUUUAUCAAUUUAUGGUACAACUGGUAUUUACAAAAGCUUUGGUAAGGCUUAUUUAACCAGUGGCUUAGUCUCUUUUUUUCAACCACCAGUUUUCAUUUCAUCAAUUUUAUCUAACCCUUUACAAUUUUUAAGUUUUAUUUUUUUUUCUUUAUUAUCAUCAUCUUUUUUCGCCUUAACAUGGUACAAGAUUUCUGGAUCAUCACCAAAAGAUGUUGCUAGCUUUUUCACUAAACAAUCAAUUUCCAUUUUAGGUAAAAGAGAAGUUAACUUGGCUAAGCAUUUGGAUAAAUUUAUUCCUUAUGCAAGUGCAAUGGGCGCAUUUGCCCUCUCUUCGGUUUCAAUAAUUUCUGAAAUUUUGGGAUCAAAGGGUAAAGUAACUGGGUUGAUUGUUGCUCUUUCUGUUACUUUUGGAUUUUUAGAAGAGUUUAUGACUGAAUUUCAACAAUACGGUGGUAGUUCUCAACUUUAUAAUACUAUGAUGAGUGGUGGUAAUUUACCAACAGUUCCAGGAAUGUAA